CCCUCGCAAAUGGCACAGACCAUCAUGAAGGCUCGAUUAAAAGGAGCACAGGCAGGUCGAAACCUCCUGAAGAAAAAAUCUGAUGCCUUAACUCUUCAAUUUCGACAGAUCCUAAAGGAGAUCAUAGAGACUAAAAUGUUGAUGGGUGAAGUGAUGAGAGAAGCUGCCUUUUCAUUUCCUGAGGCCACAUUCACAGCAGGGAACUUCAGCACCACAGUUAUCCAAAAUGUAAAUAAAGCCCAAAUGAAGAUUCAAGCAAAGAAAGAUAGUGUAGCAGGUGUUACUUUGCCAGUAUUUAAACAUUAUCAUGAAGGAACUGACAGUUAUGAACUGACUGGUUUAGCCAGAGAUGGGGAACAACUGGCUAAAUUAAAGAGGAAUUUUGCUAAAGUAGUGGAACUACUGGUGGAAUUCACCUCGCUACAUACUUCCUUUGUUACUUUGGAUGAAGCUAUUAAGAUAAUCAACAGUCAUGUAAAUGCCAUUGAACAUGUCAUCAUUCCCAGGAUUGAACAUUCCCUUGCUUAUAUCAUCACAGAGCUGGAUGAGAGAGAGCAAGAAGCAUUCUAUAGGUUAAAGAAAAAUACAGGAGAAGAAAAAGAUUCUCAAGGAAAAAACUGA